AUGGCCAAGAAGAGGGUCGCUGUGAUUGGAGCGGGGAUCAGCGGGCUGGGGGCCAUCAAGUGCUGUCUGGAUGAAGAUUUGGAGCCCACCUGCUUUGAAAGGAAUGACGAUAUUGGAGGUCUCUGGAAAUUCCAGAAAAAUGCUUCAGAGAAAAUGCCUAGUAUCUACAAAUCUGUCACCAUCAACACGUCCAAGGAAAUGAUGUGCUUCAGCGACUUCCCUGUCCCUGACCAUUUUCCCAACUACAUGCACAACUCCAAGCUCAUGGACUACUUCAGGAUGUAUGCCAAACAUUUCGGCCUCCUCAACUACAUUCGUUUUAAGACCAAAGUGCGGAGCGUGAGGAAACAUCCAGAUUUUUCUUUCAAUGGACUAUGGGAUGUCGUUGUGGAGGCUGAUGGGAAACAGGAGACCUUGGUCUUUGACGGGGUCUUGGUCUGCAGUGGACAUCACACAGAUCCCUACUUACCACUUCAGUCCUUCCCAGGCAUUGAGAAGUUCAAAGGCUGUUAUUUCCACAGUCGGGAGUACAAAAGCCCCGAGGAGUUUGCAGGAAAGAACAUCAUAGUGGUCGGCAUUGGGAAUUCCGGAGUGGACAUUGCCGUGGAGCUCAGUCGCGUGGCAAGACAGGUGUUCCUCAGUACCAGACGAGGGUCUUGGAUUUUGCACCGUGUCUGGGAUAAUGGGUAUCCCAUGGACAGUUCCUUCUUCACUCGGUUCAAUAGUUUCCUUCAGAAAAUAUUGACUACGGCACAAGUAAAUGACCGCCUGGAGAGGAGAGCGAACUCCAGAUUCGAUCACGCACACUAUGGCCUGCGGCCUCAGCACAGACUUUUAAGUCAGCAUCCCACUCUCAGUGAUGACCUGCCAAAUCACAUCAUUUCUGGAAAAGUCCAAGUGAAGCCCAAUGUAAAGGAGUUUACGGAAACAGAUGCCAUUUUUGACGAUGGCACCGUGGAAGAGAAUAUUGAUGUCGUCGUCUUCGCUACAGGAUACAGCUUUUCCUUCCCUUUCCUUGAGGGGCUGAUCAAAGUUAGCAAUAAUGAGGUGUCCCUGUACAAGCUGAUGUUCCCGCCAGACCUGGAGAAGCCCACACUGGCCGUUAUCGGUCUCAUCCAGCCCCUGGGCAUCGUCCUCCCUAUUGCAGAGCUCCAGUCUCGCUGGGCUACCCGCGUGUUCAAAGGGCUGAGCAAAUUACCCUCAGCGAAGAACAUGAUGGCGGAUAUUGCCCAGAGAAAACAGGCUAUGGAGAAACGGUACGUGAAGACGCCCCGCCACACCAUCCAGGUGGAUCACAUCGAGUACAUGGACGAGAUCGCCGCCCUGGCAGGAGUGAAGCCCAGCCUGCUCUUCCUCCUCCUCUCCGAUCCCAAGUUGGCCCUGGAGGUUUUCUUUGGCCCCUGUACCCCAUACCAGUACCGCCUGCAGGGCCCAGGGAAAUGGGAUGGGGCCCGCAGAGCCAUCCUGACCCAGAGAGAGCGCAUCAUCAAGCCCCUGAGGUCUCGGAUGACUGGUGAGGACAGCGGCUCACCCUCCCAGCUCUCUUGGAUAAAGAUGGCACCGGUGGGCCUGGCAUUGCUGGCUGCUGGCUUAGCCUACUUCAGGUAUAUUCCUCAUGGCAAACGGAAGUAA